AUGCUUCCCACCGGAGCUGGAGCAGAGACCUACGACUGGCAUUUGGACAUGCAGCUGACCAGCAAGGUGGUGCUGUCCGCAGCUGCGCUGCUCCUGGUGACUGCGGCUUACAAACUCUACAGGUCCAGGCCUGCCCCAGCUGGGCAAGCAGGGAGAAAUAACAAGGCAGAUGAUGACGCAGAGGGCUGGGGGCAAGCUGCCUUCCAGAGGGCUUCUCCAGGGACCCUGCCAAGGGCGACAAGACGCAGGAAGACCAGCAAGGGGGCUGGGGCCCCAUUGGACAGCAGCUUGGAGGACCUGGGAGACUCCUGCCAACUGGUCACCCCCAGAUAUGGGGAGUCCACAAGGAAAGGCUCCGGUGAGAAUCAGGGAGGGCAGAGCACAGACUCUCAGCAGGUGCCUCCUCCCUGCGGUAGCCAGGAAGAAGCCGGAACAGCUGUUAGAGGUAAGCCCAGCCCUCCCCACCUCCCUCAUUUGGGCUGUGAACCCAUAAGUUCCCCAGCCAGACUUGCCCCAGGAGUGGGCUGCUGCUGGGUGGGUGACAAGAGCUCUCCAUGGCCAGACAACAGACCCCCAGAGCAAACAGGGUCUGGGGACCCGGGAGCCCUCAACUGCUGCACUGAUUCCACAGUGGUGAGCAGUGACAUGAAACAGAGCUGGGCCUUCACCCAUGUGACAGGGGUCAGCAGAGGAGAGGCUGGGGCCCUCCAGGCUGCUGCAGACAUGGGCCUGGCCACGCAGCAGCGGGAAGGAGCCACCAAUGCCUCCUACACCUUCUCGUCCGUGGCCCGGAUCCGGAUGGAGGAGAAUAUUAUACAGAAGGCAGAGGGACCGGGGCCCAAGCUGAAGGGCAGGGUAUAUGACUAUUUUGUGGAGUCCACAUCCAAGGCUGUCUCCAGGCCGGUCCCCUGUACGGCAGCUCUAACUGAUGCUCCAUCCCCUGGGCCUGUGCCAGAGCCCCUGGUCACAGGAGCCGACUCCAGAGACCCAGCUGAUAACUCAGAGAAUACAGCUGAAGUCACGACCCCACCUCCUGUGCCAGCCCCCUCCACACCAGGCUUCAGCAGAAAGGUGAGUCUCCUGCAGAUCGCUGAGAACCCGGAGCUCCAGCUGCAGCCUGAAGGCUUCAGGACGCCCCCUCCUGCCCACCUGGAUCAGAAAGCUCAGAUAGAUUCAGCCUGCAGCCAUGGGGAGCCUCAUGUGCAACUCAUAGCUGGGACCAAUUUCUUCCAUAUCCAGCUCACCCCGGCUUCAGCUCAGGAAGUCCACCUGGACCUGGGCAAUUGCUUUGAGGUGCUAACCUUGGCCAAGAGGCAGGGCCUAGAGGCUCUGAAGGAGGCAGCCUACAAGGUCAUGAGUGAUAACUACCUCCAGGUCCUCCGCAGCACAGCCAUCUACGGGGGCCUGAGUGGGACAGAACGAGAGCUGAUUCUCCAGCGACGGUUCCGUGGCCACAAGCACCUGGUGGUGGCCGACGUGUGUCCUCAGGAAGACAGUGGCAGCCUCUGUUGCUAUGACAAUGUGCAGGAUGCCUGGCACCCACUGGCCCAGCUGCCCAUGGAGGCCAUGUCCCGGGGUUGUGCUGUCUGUACUCUCUUCAAUUAUCUGUUCGUGGUGUCUGGCUGCCAGGGACCUGGGGGCCAACCCUCCAACCGUGUCUUCUGCUACAACCCACUGACUGCAAUUUGGAGUGAGGUGUGCCCACUGAACCAGGCCCGGCCGCACUGCCGGCUGGUGGCCCUGGAGGGGCACCUCUAUGCCAUUGGAGGUGAGUGUCUGAACACCGUGGAGCGUUACGACCCUCGAGUGGACCGCUGGACCUUUGCCCCGCCGCUCCCGAAUGACACAUUUGCCCUGGCACACACAGCCACAGUGUGCGCCAAUGAGAUCUUUGUCACUGGAGGUAGCCUGCGCUACUUGCUACUCCGAUUCUCAACCCAGGAGCAGCGCUGGUGGGCCGGCCCCACGGGGGGCAGCAAGGACCGCACGGCUGAGAUGGUGGCCGUCAAUGGCUUUCUCUACCGCUUUGACCUCAACCGUAGCCUGGGCAUCAGCGUGUACCGCUGCAAUUCCAGCACCCGCCUCUGGUAUGAGUGUGCCACGUACCGCUUGCCCUACCCUGAAGCCUUCCAGUGUGCGGUGGUGGAUGAUCAUAUCUACUGUGUGGGGCGCAAGCGCAUGCUCUGUUUCCUGGCCGACCACAUCUCGCCCAGGUUUGUGCCUAAGGAGCUACAGGGUUUCCCUGCUGCACGGGGCACGCUUCUGCCUGCGGUCCUGACUCUGCCUUUCCCUGAUAUGCCUCAAACCCCUGUCUAACAGCCCCUCUGCGGUGCCUCAAGGGGAUGCAGCAAAACUCUCUGCCCAUCACUCUGGAUAAGAGGUAGAGGCAGGAACGCGGCAGAGGUGUAGAAAAUUAUCUCUCCACCAUAGGCUACAGGGCCUUGGGGAAUUCUUGCACCUCCGUGGUUGGUUCGCAGGCGGGCUGAAACGGUGAAACCAGGACCCAGCAUUCCAGGACAGUGGGUGUCCACAACUGUGUGAGUGACAGACCAGCACUGUACUUCAAAUUAGAAUUCCUGGCAGGAGCUAUUUCAGGACCCCACUGAAACUCGGGACCAAAGGCUUAUCCUGAACAUGGUUCCAGGUGCUGGGGACCCCUAGGGGCCCCUAAAGCUGCUUGGCUUUCUAUGAUCCAUCACAGACCACAGACCAGCACUGGGACCCACUUUGAAGCAUCUAGAAGCAUCUAAAGCACAGGUGGGAACAACUGAAGGAGCAGGUUUGGGCAGGAGCAGGAAGGAGCUCAGGAUAGCCCAGAGGUUCAGCCAGAAGGACUGGCACAGCUAAGACUGAAGGCACCAAAGGGCACACCUGUUUGCAGAGCACACUGACCGACGUCCGCUUUUCUUUUUCGGUUGCCUCCAGUUCUGUGUGCUGGAAGGAAGAGAAGCCUCCAUCUGAGCACAGGUUCUAUGUGAAUACUAGUUGAACAUUAGUUGUUGCGCUGCUGAAGUCUUGGGAGAUGGGGUCUGGAUGUGGUUCUAGACUCCCUUUUUCCAGGUCACUGCCAUGUCCACUCCCACCUGACCACAGCACUCUCCCCAGAGUUCAAAAUUCUCUCUGCCUGCAGGCCAGGACAGCCACCACUAUUCAGCUCAUCAUCACGGUCCUCUCCAUGUCUGUAGCCAUCCUGUCUGCCAGGUCAGAUGGGAAGCAACAGGGAGAAGCAGACCCAGGAUGGCGAUAAGGAGAGGGGAGAUCCCAUUGGGACUUCCAAGCCCUCAGUCUUUUAUAUCCAAGGAGACCCAGUUCCAGGAGGAAGACAGAGGACCUGGUCUCACCUUUUACUCUGCAGUGCCCAUGUUCCAUUCUGAGGGAAACAAAAGCCAACUUUUUGAUGCUCUUGGAACCGCCCAGGAACCACGAGGUGUGAGUCACAUUUGGGGUGGGCCUGACAAGGGGGAGAAGAACUCUCUGGGCUCUGUGUCCCUUUAAAGUCCUCCCCAGAUCCCACUGAUGACCAAGCAGAUCCAUUGGUGGCCACACAGCUGCUAGAACUGAGGCUGGGGGACUUUUUGGAAGAUGCAGGAUUGGAAUGUAGACCAAGGAGGAGGUUGUCAUGGAGAUGAGAAGAGGUUUUUGUUGGACCAUGUAAGGUGACUGUCCCUGGUUGAGGACCUGAGAGGAGGAAGCAACUGACUGAUUCUCGAGUGAGAACUGAGUGAGAAAGGCUGUCUGGCCAUGGUGGGUCUUCAGGGAGGGAAUCCUGCCCUCUGCCAAGGCCAUGUCAAUACUCAGGCAUCUACCUCUGAGGAAGGGAAUGCUUCAGUAAAGAGAGUCACAGAAGGUUAUG